AAUAAAGUGAAAACAAUAUUGGUGUAUAAGAAGUUUUUUUUUAAUUUUAAUAUAAAAAAAAAUGCAUUCGUUUUAAACAUGAUUCAAAAAUGAAGUUGAAAAAUUUUUAAAAUGGAAAAUUUCUAGUGUAGCAGAAUUGUCUAUCCCACUUGAUUCGUAGCAAUUUUUGAAAGUUUAAGUCUUUCAAAAUUGUUGACAUUGAUGACAUCGUCAAAUGUAUCUUGUGGAAUGUAUCCUUCCUCAAACGAGCCUCUACGAAAAAAAUCUCGUAGAGGUCUUUCUUUUCGUCCAAAUUUGUGUACUCGUACUCGUCAACAUCUUUGCUCUAUCCCCCUUACUGAAACCCUAACAAGUCUUAUGAUGGAUGCAUUAACUUUAUUAAAGAGACGUGACCGAUUUAAGAUUUUUCAUCAACCUGUUGAUGUGAAUCUAGUUCCCGAGUACCUUACUAUUGUUGAACAUCCUAUGGACUUUAGUAAAAUAGAAUUUAAAAUUCAAAAUGGAGACUAUAUGAGUAUGUUUUUUCUUCUUAUAAAACAACCUGUUGCUUGGUUUCUUCUGGUCUUAGUCAAAGAUUUUUUUUUGUUCAUAGAUUUCUCUGACAUGAGCCGAGAUGUCGAUUUAAUUUUUUCUAACUGCAAGCGUUUUAAUGCUACCAAUACAAUUUUUUUUAAACAAGCGGUUUCAAUUAGUUUAUGGUGGAAGAAGUUAAAACAACAAUAUCAAGAAAGGGCAUAUACAGAGCAUCACUCUUCCAUUCAAUCAAUUCCAUCCUCAAUUCCAAACGUUGCGAAAACAACUCCUAACGAUUUCCGUGAUCAGACAAACACAAGCAAACAAAAGCCAGUGCAACUAAAAAGGCGUCGUUUGCCUUAUGUUAAAUGUAAAUAUAAAUGUAUCCCUCCUCGCGAUACACCUUUAUCUCUCGGGGAUAUUUUACAACAUUAUGGAGAAAAAGGAAUUAUACAGAAUUUUCUUCAAGCUGAUAACAUGUCAAAAAUUUUUUUUUUUUUUACACAUCAUUUGGUAUCUUCGAGUAAACUGAAACUAUUAUCCAUACAAAAUUUUUCGUCAUCUACCAUAACAGUUCUCAAAAAUGAUAAAAAAGAUUGCGAGAAGUCGCAACCAGAGGUAUAUUCAUCUUUAAUUCAGUCUAUUACGAAAUUUCUAGGACCAAAUAUUAGUCACAUUUUAGCACCAGAGCUUCCUUCCGUUCAAAAUUUUUUUUUUCAACAUCAAGCUCAAUGGGAAAACCCUGUUACAAAACAAGAACAAAAACAGGAACAACAAGAGGUUUUACCUAAGGUUACACCAUUCUCGACGGAAAGGACGAAAAUUGGGUCGGGUAUAUCAAGUGAACAAUUAUUGCCUUCAUACGGGGACCCUAUAAGAUACAGUGGUACUACUUACGGUUCCGUCCAGUUAAAAAAGGGAAAUUCUUUUACAUAUGAAGCUAGUCAAUCAAAUCAGGUAGCGCCAACACCAUAUUGGUGAUAUUUU